GGAAGCUGUUCAUUUUCCACCACGGCAGAAUCUCACACACCUUCAAUUCAGUGAUGAAACAGGACGGACACGCGAGAAGUAAACUGCUGAGGCCACCAAGUCGUGGAGGUCCAAAGAUGGUCACUGUUGAGGACAGUUCUGGCUCUGAGGCAGGGUCAGAGGUCAGUCCCGAACAUGAGACGGACCGCUUUGGCUUCAUCGUGUCCAGUGGAGCUGAAGCUCGGAUUGUGGGCCCACACCCUCAACUAGUCAGGCAGAGGGAGGCCAAGUGGAUCAACAUCAUGGACCAAUGGCAGAGCAUCUUGUUAAAAAAGACUAACAUGGUCAAAGUGCAAUGUCAGAAAGGCAUCCCGACUUCGCUCAGAGCAAAGUGUUGGCCUCUGCUGUGUGGUGCCACCAACAGGAUGAACCACAACAAACAACUUUUCCAGUCUCUGGACUCAAAGGCUGCUCUGAAAAAGUGGGUGGACAUUAUCGACAGAGAUCUGGACCGACAAUUUCCUUUCCACGAGAUGUUCCUCUCCAAGGAUGGACAUGGGCAGCAAGGUUUGUUCCAGGUGUUAAAAGCGUACACGCAGUACCAGCCAGAGGAAGGCUACUGCCAGGCACAAGGGCCAGUGGCUGCUGUUCUCCUGAUGAACAUGCCAGCAGAGGAGGCCUUUUGGUGUCUGGUCCAGAUUAGUGAACACUACCUACCUGGGUACUACAGUCCUCUACUGGAGGGAGUCUUGUUCGACGCAACCAUGCUGACCUGGGUUUUGAAAAAGACGUGUCCUUCUGCGCACAAACACCUGCAGCGCCACGAAGUGGAGCCCCUGAUGUUCGCCACAGACUGGCUGAUGUGUUUGUUCACACGCCACCUGCCCUUCAACGCUCUCCUCCGAGUGUGGGACCUGUUUUUCUGCAACGGUGUGCAGGUGCUGCUGCAGGUGGCGGUGGUGUUGGUGCGUCACGUGCUGGGUCGGGACGAGCAGAGGAAACAGUGCCAGGGCCAGAUGGAGACCCUGCAGAGGCUGAGGGAUGUCAGGUGUGAGGUCCAAAAAGAGGACGAGGACUUCAUAGCAGAGGUGUGUGCUGUGCCACUUUCCUCCAGUGAUCUGGAGAAACACACAGAGAAGGAGCUGGCAAAGUGGAGAAAAGACAGACCCUCGUCCACUUUUGACCCCAGAGGUCGCUGCCACGGAUAUCGUGUGGCGUGGGAGAGGGCUCAACUCAACCUGGCGGAGCUGGACAGGAAAGAGAGAGAGACGGGCAACCUGUCUGUGCCUCUUGCCCGCUCGGCCUCCUGCUUGUCGCUGUCGCCUUCGCUCCUUCACAAGAGGUGGAGGAAACGGGGGAACAUCAGAGUACAGAAGGCCAGCGGCGGGGUUUCGAGGCAUCGCUCAAUGGGAGGAAAGGAUUGGAGAAGCUGCAAUGAGUUUAAUUUGCAGGAGAAAAAGGAGGAUAAUAGUAAUAAACAACAAAGAGGAGUCUCUGAUGAAAAGAAGCUGACAAGUGUGCCAAGAGAAAUAACCCAAACUCCAGUUGGUCAACAUAUUCGUUUGACCGAACAUGACGCUCACCAGGACCCAGAAGAGGAGCUUUUAAGUGAUUACACAGACAUAGAGGUGGCAAGGAGUCCUUUGGAGACAGACCAAGGAGUGGCUAUAGCUUUAAACAAGGAUGACAUCAAAUCAGAGUCAGAAGUGAAAAAUGUGGCAAAGAGAGACAAAACUGAGGCUGUUUCAACAUCUGAGCACCAAACAAGAUCAAAAUUGGAUCAGGAUACAUCUAGUGAAGCUGUCAAAAGGCAGCUGGAUGUUGUCACGGGGACUGACUGGAGCUUGUCAUUGGGAGACACUUCCGGAGCAAAAUACCAUAGGGCUGAAUCAUUAACAGAAAUGAACCCAGAACCCCAGAUAGAAACACAAAUGCACAUCCUGCCGCAGACCCAAGAAGAUGACGUCGGGGAACACAGAACCACGCAGCAUCAUUUAGAUGACAUUCGAAAAUAUGACAAGCUAUGCUACACAAAUACUACGUGUAAGUCCUCGCUUCAAUGCAUCCAUCAGGUGAGAAGAAGAAGUGAAGCGUGUUGUCUUUGUUAUGAGACACAAAACAACACAACUGAACAAAAACAAACACAUAAGGAAAUAAUUCCCAGCCUGAAACAAGUCUCUGUGAACAGGACACCCCGCUUUUUUGAUGACGCCUGGCUCCGCAAGUCCUCCAGCUCCCGCGGCUCAAAGUUAAUGCGACGUCUCGCGCAAGAUCUCUUCACCCACCCCGGUCAAAGUGUUCGAGACACCCACUCUCAUCAGACCGUAGCAGCACAACAUGGGCCGCUCGAGCCUGCUAAACAUUUCAGUCUUUUCCGCAGGCAGCCCAAAAUGAAUACAGAGAAGAGGGCAGCCAAAAUCCAAGUCCCCACCAUCUUGAUCCAAGAUUUCAGUGAGGGAACGGGAAAAAUAGUUGAGGACACAGCGAGCUCCAGGGAGAGCAGGAGGUGGUGGCAGCGUGAGCGAGAAAUGAGGGCAAAAGAGGAGGAAAGGUUGAGGAGAACGAGAGAAAAAGAGGUGAAGACGGAUGGAGAGAGAAGGAAACCGCAAACAAGGGGAAAAGGUUUGCAGGUGCAAGGAGACACAUUGGAAUGCUCCUCCUGUUAUGCUGAAGCUUACUUUUAAUCCAUUCUCUUUGCUUAAUAUUCAAGUUGGAUGAAUGCAUUUGAAUGCUGUGAGUCACGUACAUUAACAUUGUUUUCUUUCGUUUGGUUUAUUCAAAGGAAAUGAUUUGCAUCUUGUAUACAAAACAAACCCCAAGAGCUUAAUGUUUAGUUUUAACAUGAUUCCAAAAGUUCGCAAUGUAACAACCCAAUAACAAUAUUCAUAAAAAAAUAAAUUGCCUAUUUUACAUUAGCAAUGGUUCUCCCCUGCAUGAUUUCUUAAGGUAAAAAGAGGAAAAUCUCAGUCUACCACAAAAGAAAUAUUUUUUCAACCAUCAAUCAGUCCAUUUGUGUGUCGUCCUCACUGUCACUGGCAAGCACUUCCUGGUUGCUCAUUGGCUGAAUGCUCAUCUGAGACGACAGAGGAAGAACCGAUCCAAACAACAAGGAACAGAACUGUGAUAGUACACAAAAGGAAAAGAAAUACUAUCAGAAUUUCAGCAUUUCUUGGAGAUACAAUAAUUUUUCUAACUGCAGUGGUGCCUUGAGAUACGCGUGGACCAACUUAUAAUUUUUUGAGAUGCGAGCCGUUCGGCUGUUUUUUUUUGCUUUGGCUUUUAAGCAGAAAUUUGAGGUCAGGCUGCCAAAUGGUGGCAGUGAACUCAUUUCAACUCUCUUCAAAACAAGCAGCAGUUUGGCAGAUAAUGAACAAUUCCUCAAAACAGAGGUUAAAAAGAGGCUUCAAACUGUCAACACAUGUAGACAGACAAUAUAACAAUACUCACAGGCACAUAUUCUUUAUCCUAGUUGAAAAACAACAAAUAUUACUCCAUCUUACCGAGUCACUUUUACAGUGGUUGUGAAACUCUUCUUCAUAUGAGUUUGCAUACUGCCCCCUGUUGGUCAAGUCGCGGACACCAGAAGGCAUCAAUGAAUAAUCAUGAUGCACAAACUGUAAUUCUUUACUUCUAUAUUCUACUAAAUGAUUUUUUUUACUAUGUUUUUCUAAAGGACAAUAUUAUAGCAUCAAUGACAUUUUCAUGUAUUUCAAAUAUGAAAAAUGCUUUGAGAUGAGUGUUUUGAGUAACAAGCAUGGUCACAGAACCAAUUAAACUUGUACCUCAAGGCACAACUGUAUGUAUUUUUAGAGAAAGGUGAAAAAUUAACCUUUUUGUUUGGUGGUGCAUCUUUUUCGGCCGUUUCCUCUCCCUCCUCACCUUCGCUGUGCAGCCUUGCCCUGCGAUUGGCUACCGUGUGCCGCUUUGAACUUGUGGACUCAGCUGCGGAUGGACCCGGUGCAAUACUGUUAUCCAUGGCGAUGAGAUAGGAGUCCAUGUCGUCGUUCAUAAAGUCGUCGGGAGGGGGCUCCGGAGAAGUGGGCCCUCUUGAGGAGUGGCAUUAGGAAAUAUGAUGAAAAAGAGGAAAUUAGAAAAAUGGUUUGUGAAAGAAAAACUUUUGGGAAUAUACAGGGUGUCCCAAAAGUCACUAUAUAAUCUGUCAUUUCAGUUACAUUAUUAUUAGGACAGAAGUGAGGCCAUCAGCUUUUGACAGCUUAGGCUUUUCAGUUCACCAAUUGUUAUUGGACCAACGUUGCAAAAUUGCUGCUUGCCAAGAGGUUUUUCCCGUCCCCAACUGAAAGUCAGCGUAGAUUUGAGAACGCUAACGUAAAAUGAACGCUAUCCAUGGCAAUUUUCUCAAAACAGGACCUGUUCUUGACGAACCACACUCUUGACAAUUUCGUUUGUCCACGGCUCAUCAAUUGAAAGUGGACAUUGGAACUCAGCAUAAAAAAAAUCUCAAUUCAGCUGAUGCUUCACAGAGGACGCCUCCGCUCAGUCGAGCUUUUGCUGAUGCCGAGUUGCAGUGCAGCCCUCCAGAAAAACUUUCCCUAGCUUUGCAGGAACGCCUGCUCUAGAAGUUCAGUCUUUUCAACAGUGUUGGUAGUAGUAAUGCUUCCACUGUAUGGUUUGUCAACAACAGAUCCUAUUUUGAGAAACUUGCCGUGCGUAGCGUUAAUUUUACUACGUAUUGGAGCAGUGUGACGGCCAAAAACAACUGGUGGGACAGUCGGGGAUAUAAAUUUGCUGCAAAUAGCGACUGAUUAGCGACAAGCCCACAGCGUCCGGAAGAUGAAAGAAUGUCUCAAUUCUGAUUUCACAUACUUGCAUACAUUUUUGUAUCCAUUCAUUCAUUGUCCUGCUUGUUAAAAAGACUCUUUUCUGUGAUGUGCCAAAUUUGCAAGACAUUUUUUUUUGGUCUGUUUGGUUGCACAUACAGUAAAUACUUUAAUUUUUUGCUGUCUGUUAGGCCACGAUAACAAUUUUUAAGACGAUAUAUGUUCCCAAAAACUGUCACGAUAAACGAUAAUAUUGUUUUUUUUAAUGCCUCUGAAAUCCCGGGUCCUCAGAACUGUGAGGCAGACCAUUCGCCCACCGCCUUAUUUUGUAUUAAUUAUUUUAUUUAAUUUUUGGGCUUUUAAAUCAGUAUUGUUAUUAUUAUUAUUAUUGUUGUUAUUAUUCUAAAUUCCUUUCUUGUUUAUCUAUCAAAUUGUUUUUCUUUACUCUGUGAUAUGGCUCUCCCUGGGUCCGAAAUAAAGAAUAAAGAGCUGCAAGACGAGCCUGGUUAAUAUGUAGCCUUCUAUUCGUGAUUAUAAACGGUUUAGAAGCCCAAACCGAAUGUAAAUACUCCAUAUAAAAACCUCAAUUGGAAUAAACAGGCCAAAUCUGGUUUAUUUGGUUUCAAAGGGGUAGAAUAUUCCUUUUUCCAAACUGUUCAGAAGUAAUUUUUUGGCAUUCGGUCUGUCUGCGCAUGCUUUGUCUCGAGGUAAAUGCGCGGUGACGUCAUCGUUUACGCACGGCGUAAAUAUGGCAGCUCCCGAACAGAGCUCGUAUGCGACGAGAUCUUAUUUGUACCUACUCAUAAUUUGUUUUCAAUCAAGCGUUUUUAAAAAAAUAAACAUAUAAGAAAAUCUCAACGACCCUGCUCAAUAGACGACGGGCCUCCAUCU